GUUCAGUAAAAGUUAUUUUUGGCUUUUCAAGAAUGUGUGAUAAGACGAACCAGACACUGACCUUUGACUUGUCAUGAAGACAUCACGAUGCUUAUGAACCUGUUGUUCUGCUGUUUUGGUGGUCACAUGGUCUUGAGCAGUGACACUGCAUGCACCACGCAGACUGCUAGUUACCCUGUUAACUAGGUAAAUAACAUAUCUUUGUUUUUCAGACAACAUGGAGCUGGUGUUUAACUCGGCUGCCAUCCCGGAGUCUGGAACCGCCAAAGUGCGCUCGCGUCCAACCGUCAAACACUUCAUGUCAUCUGAGAAAUGCGCACGGCUAUGCAGUUUCCAACUCCCAUGGUACCGGUUCUUCCACCCUUCAGUGAGCCCAAGAUAAACGGUACAGGAAGUACUACAAACCUCCUAAAUGGAAGGAUGCUUUCUGUUCCUGACCUACUCCAGGGGGAAAUACUUAUACCUCCUCCACCGAGCUCCGCUCCUCCACCCCCUCCAUCAUCUUUAGCCCCACCUCCUCCUUCAUUCAUCCCUCCCCCACCACAGUUCUUUGGUGAAAUGGACCCUUCUUUAGAUUGUGCAAGACUGCAUCCCCCUCCAGUGGCACCCCCAAAAACCACCAUCACUUACCAGUUCCAAUUACAGUGCAGAUUUGGACCUGGCCUCCCUUGCAAAACCUCCUCCAAUGCCUCCUCCAAAACCUCCAUCUGAAACUUCCAGCCUCAGAGGUUCCCUCCAUAGCCUGGAUGUCCAAGAUGUCCCAGAAUGCCCCAAGUUCAACCCACCACCACCUCCUGUUAAAACAUCACCUGUUCUCGAAAAAAGCUCAGAAAGGCAGAACCUCAAAAACCCGUCCGAGUGAACUCCAUACCUAAUCUGGACAUCCAGUCCCAAACUCCUGUGCCACUUGUUGCUUCCAAC